AUGCUCAGAGUGGAAAAGCAAAGCCCAAAAAGCCUUUUUUACAAAAACUCUUAUGAGGAUGCAACAUUUAAAAUGGUUAACAUUUCUAGAGGAAAAAAUACCAGAAGCAAAGAAAACUCCGAACGCAAAGUGCGUUUAGUCGAAGCCUAUGCUAACAGAAUUCCACUAAGUGACAAUAAAAAAAGAGAUCUUAAAGAACUUGCCGAAAAGAAUAUAAUUCCUAAAUUUCACUAUAACACGUAUUUUGAAAAUGUUUUAGAAAUCUAA